AUGCGUCACGCUUGUCUGGCGUUCUACAUAAUUUAUAAUACAAAAAACAAAUUUAUAAAUACCCUCCGCGCACUCGACCCAGAGGCUUAUCUUUUCAACAAGGCAACGAUGACAACCGGAGCGAUGCAGUCGCAGAAUUAUCCGUUCUUUGGUAGCAACCUGCAAGGGAAGGAGACCACCGCGCAUAACCAACCGUUGGAUUUUCCAUACUCUCCUUGCCGUAUGCAGUCUCCAAAUUAUUACAAUCAAGCGCCGUUGCCAAAUUUUAUGUCACCCAUGCCGCAGGGAAACCUCGGUCAAGUCAAUGGAUAUACCGCGGAGCCGUCCCCAUACACCGCAAACCCACCGAUUACAGGUCAGAACUCAAAUUCGUUACAUAUGGAUCAUCAAAGCUACUAUUCGCCCCAAGAAGCCAGUCAAAACUGUUCUUUCCAUCAGUACGCUUGGUUGAAAAGCACUUCUUCGCCGGAAAAUUGGUGGCACAGCUCAAAUGCUACAGGUAAGUACUGAACAAUAACUUCCUCUUUCGCGCUAAGCUCGUUCACUCGCUCGCUCGCUCAUCAGCUUGACUCGCCGCACAGUUGCACAAGUCAUCGUCGCGGCCAACUCUUACCUUCCCUCCUAACUAUGUGAAAUGUUUAUCGCAUAACAAACAACUUAUGUGGUUUACAAGCACUAAUUCGGCAUUAAGUUUGACUAAUUGUUAAAAAUUUGUCCUCGGACGACAAUUUGUGACCGCACGGACGAUAUUUACAGGUUCCCAGCACCGUGAUAUUUAACUGCUGACGAUACUUGACGCGCCAUAAAACUGUACUUAAUAAGCGAUCGCCAUUAGUCAGCAUUUAACUGUGAUUUAACGUGAAGAUUGCGCCCAUUUUACAGAGCAAUCUUCUGCUUAGUGGUUUUUACACUCGCGUGUUUGUAAUGGUGUACUUUGCGGUUGUUUUACAGGAACUGCGUGGAAUAGGGGACCAACGGAGGGAAAGCGCAAGAGGACAGCCUACACCCGCAAACAACUACUCGAGCUAGAAAAAGAAUUCCAUUUUAAUCAUUUUCUUACCAAGGAGAGAAGAGCCGAGAUGGCUUCUCAGUUAAAUCUCACAGAGAGGCAAGUGAAAAUUUGGUUUCAAAACAGAAGAAUGAAAUGGAAGAAAUGUAACUCUCAAGCGAUCAGCAAGAACACGAAACCAUCAACACAGAAUUCACCCGUCGAUCCGGUACAAGAUCUGCACAUUCCCAACCCGGUAUCACAACCAUUGAGUACAACGCCUAUAAAGUCACAAACGUCCCUGGACAUUUCUACAGUACCCAGUUGUUUAGGUUAUCGAAGCCAUCAAAGCUGAAAAAUAAAAAACUUCAAUGUGAUGCAAGCGCGCUCAGUAACCCGUUACACAAUUUUCGAGUAAAAUUUUAUUCCGGAGUCAAUCGCUCAAGAGCUAACGCAAAAGAAAAAGAAUGAAACUUUUUCAGCAUAAAAGAGAGAUUUUAUUAAGAAAUGCGAUUUUAUUUAGUUGAUUUUAAGAUGAGUUUACUUAAAAAAUGAAUGAUUGUACAGUUUACAAGGUUUGCUGGCUAGAUUCUCUGGAGACUCAGCAGCGGGUCGUUGCUCUCUUGACUGAGACUAGGUAAUGUCACGAAACAACCGCUACCUCGUCCGCGUUCUUUUGUACAUAGACACCAGAAUUAUAUGAAAAAAUAUAUAAGAUGUAAAUAGAAUUUCCCUUGAACUGUAUUUACAUCUCGUCUUACAGAUUUUUUUUUGACGUUUUCUAACAUGGCUCUCGUUUAAGGAACUUCAUUGAAUUAUACUAUCUAUUUAUGCAAGAGUGAGUCUUACGGACAACUACCCUCGAAAAGGGCAUGCUUUUAUUUACGGAUAAGUUUCAGAUGGCUUUUAAACGAUCAACACAUAUAUUUAAUAUUUGAACGGUACAAUUUGCUAGCCAGUUUGGCCCUUCGAAACAGUCCUUUUAUUUGUGUAUGUUAUGUAAAAAUUGAAUAAAAAUUUUCUGUGUCAAUAUUUGUCAAGCAAUUAGAUUCAAGACAACAUGACUUCAUUGUGCUCGCACUUAUAUCAGGGAAAUCUUAG